UAGUUGCUGCAGUGGGCUUGUCUAUUUCGAACAGAAACACUGGUUAUUGACAACUCGUUGCCAACGGUCAUUAUUUGUAACGUAAAGUUAUCAACGGAUAAAAUAGACCACGAAGAUGAACUCUUUUCGUUAUACUUUGGGCUUCUUAACCGUGUUUUUAUGCACGAAGAUCGCUUGGUGCCAAGAUGCGACCACGCCCACCCAAGAUACGACCACGCCCACCUGCUACGACGGGGUUGGUUCUUAUACAUUCUCUGUCAGCUUCGGUACAUGUCAUCAACGCUCCCCGAGAUCUACGGCAGACAUCUGUUCCAGCUUUACUCUCAUUUCAAAUGAGACACGAGAAAAGGGCGGGGUUGAUGUGAGCAAUUUAUCAAACCCACCAUUCGAUUCUAGUCGAGAUACCAAGAUUCUAAUACCAGGGUUUACCAAUGAAUUCCUGGAUGAGAAAUGGGAUCAACUUAAAGAGGCAUUUCUUGAUGAGGGAAACAAUGUUAUCAUGGUGAAUUGGAGUCAAGCAGCGAACCUUACCAACUACGCCCAAGCUCGUGCCGAUGCUCGUGUUGUAGGUUUCCAAGUUGCACACGUCAUCUCAUACAUCGUAAACAACACCAGUGCAACAUACGAUCAGAUGCAUCUCAUCGGGGGCGGUAUGGGUGCUCAUGUAGCUGGUUAUGCUGGGAGUACGGGGCAACAGAUGGCCAGGAUUACAGGUCUUGAUCCAGCCGGUUCAGAGGGUAACCCAGAGACCUUUGGUCUAUCUGGUGGACCGUCACGUGGUCAGCAAUGUCGACUGGACAUUACUGAUGCAGAAUAUGUGGACAUCAUCCAUACAAACGCUCAUAGUGGACUGGACGGGGGUUAUAUCGGACUGCCUUUUCAGCUGGGUCAUCAAGAUUUCUUCGUUAACAACGGCAUCAACCAACCGGGAUGCAAUGAACAUGGUGAGGAUGAGGAAGUCUGCAACCACGGCCGAGCUCUGGACUACUUCAUCGAGAGCGUUCCCUUGGCAAACUACGGGAGCUUCCCUUGUGAGGAGAAAGCACACACCCUUGAGGAACUCCAGGACGGGGCCGGAGUGGCAUGUAACCCGGAGAACCCAUGCCCAGAGAUGGGAUACAGAGCAGAGAAGAUUAAAGGGGAUGGGUUUGCUUAUCUGGUCGAGACCAAUGCUGAGUCUCCAUAUACUAUGCCAUACCCUAUCAUCCAGCACUGGACCAGUACAACCGAUGUAUCCGGAUCAAUCGAAUAAUAUAUUAGGCAAAAUAUGUUCGGGGGAGGGGAAGGAAACACCGCAACGUGGACACAUUUCUCGUCCAUAAAAAUAUAAAAGCAGCACGUGAAAUGCAUUGAUUCAUCUAGCCCCUCAUUUACAUACCGACCAAGACGUGCAUAUAAAUGUUUUAUUACAUUAAGUGAAGCUUUAAAAUAAUAAUGAUA